AUGUCGAAUUUGUUAUUCAGCAAUGACGAUACUGACGAUCAGCCGCAAUUCUUCGUCCCUGCGCCGGUACCUGCGCCGGUACCUGCGCCAGUAACUCAACCAGCUAUGGCUCCAUCAUCAACAGUCCCCACUUCUCUAGUACCGCCCUCCUCCUUUACUCCCUCGCCCUCUCUUCCGCCACUGCCAGCACAUAAUUUGCAAUCUCCGAAGCCUGCGGCUCAGACGAAUCGAUAUGCCGCUACUCCUGGAAUGAGUUUUAUCGGUGCCGCACCAGUGCCGGCAUUUUCCCCUACUAAUGCUCCACCAACAACAGCGCCUCCACCAGGGCGUCUUCCUCCUCAUACGUAUAACCCCCUCCCCCCAGUAGCACUUCCACAGCAGCCGCCUCCGACUUUCAACGCGGCCUCUGCUCCACCGCCCUCUUACUAUGGCGCCCAAACGCCGCCGAAAACAGCCACUCAAGCUCCAAAUCCAGCGCCACCAGUUUUACCAGAGGAUAAUGUCGUCUGGUUCUAUGAGAAUUCGGCUUCGACGAAAGAUUCAGACAGAUGGCUUCCCUUCUCAACGGCUGACUCUUCGCUGAUCGAGUCCAAAUUCAACGAAGGAACAACUGAACGAGUGAAAGUAAUGUCCGGGCGAUAUGAGGUCGACUUGAUGGAUGGGACUCGUCAUGCACAGUAUUGGGCAGAAGAUCCAAUUCGCAUCCGUCGAGGUUAUUAUUACGGACAAGUGGAUGGCGUUUAUCAACCUUUGUCUGAAGACUGUGGCGAAGCUAUUGACAUGGAGCUAAAUUCUGGUGGCUUCCCCAAGAAGGUCCAACUUCCAAUCGGCCACGCAGUUAUGCACAACUCUCAGUCUGUAGUGUACUUGCCUCCUGGGUGCUCCCCGGACGAGCAAGGUUAUGUUCCGCCAGGUGCGCCCCAGAUGCAGUUUGUUAGGCGCAACGUUCGCCACAACGAACUCGGUCUUCGAGUACCUCUAAGUGAACCGGUUGGCGCUGCCUGUGGACUAAUUCUAGUUGCAUGCGAUGGUUCGGCCGCGGAAACAUCAGUGGGACUCGUCGACUCUUUCCGAAACCGUUUGCUCGACAUGCGGCAGUCUCACUUUGGUCACAAACAGCGCAUAGAUAUUUUACCGAUUAUUUGGCAAGACGCUCACAGCGAGCAGCUUUCUGGAACAGCAGAAGUAGUAAAGGAGCUUUCAAUAAGUUCAAUUCCUCGUCUUCGAGAGUUCAGCAGUGCUGCUGUAGCCGAUGUUAUGUUCUACAGUUCACCUAUUUAUGCCCAGCCAAUGAUCGAGUCACUGACGCUGCAGCUAGAAACAAUUCUCGGCCUUUAUAGGGAAAAAAAUCCUAACUUUUCGGGCUCAGUUCAUCUCAUUGGACAUGGUAUAUCCGGUCUGAUGCUGUUCGACCUCUUGCAAAAUCAAAACCAGAAGGAAAAGAAGCCAGAGUGCGUCGAAAUUUCCCCGUCAGUUCCACCUGCUUCCAAUUCGCAAAAUGAAACUCAACCUACGUCACUAGCAGAAUUGUUAAAAAGCCUGAAUAUCGAGAGCGUCGAACCGAUCUUACAACAGGAACAGAUUGAUGUCUCAUCACUAAUGAUGCUCGAGCAACAGGAUAUUGAGUCGUUAGGAUUACCACUAGGCCCAAGAAAGAAGCUUCUUCAGUACAUUUCGUCCAAUACAAGAAAAGAGAUUUCGAUACCCGAAAUCAAGCAAGAUGAAAUUCCAAACAUCGAUUUGGAGGAAGGCAUGACGGUCAAUGUUGAGUAUAAACAAUACGACUAUGGUGCUGGUCAACCAAGUAUUAGAUAUCCGAAGCUCAAUUUCAAACCAGAUGGAGUAUUCACCCUUGGCUCACCAACUGGACUAUUGCUAGCUCUACGCGGAAUGGAGGCCCUUGGCUAUGAAUUCAGUCUUCCGACCUGUGGGCGUUUCUACAAUCUUUUCCAUCCGAUGGAUCCUUUCGCCUAUCGUCUAGAACCAUUUAUCGUCUCGCCAUGUCCACCAAAGCCGUCGCAAGUUCCUCAUCACAAGGGUCGAAAGCGUCUUCAUUUGGAACUAGCCGACAAUCUUGGCAAAGCCGCUGCCGAGUUUAGGUCGGGCUUGAUGAGCACUAUGAAAACAGUUAUGUCCACUGUCAAGAGAGCCGCCGGCUAUGACGAGGAUCAGCAGCAGGCGGAGCAACUUGCAAACGAAAUGAUUCAGUCUGCCAGAGCGCGCGCAGAUUCCGACACCUCUUCCUCUGUUAAGGAAGACUUUGAUAUGGGCCAGCUUAAUUCGGGAGAGCGCAUUGAUUAUCAGCUCCAAGAGCGCCCGCUAGAGAUGUUUAACGAGUACAUGUUCGCUCCUUCUGCUCACCGCUGCUACUGGACAUCCGAAGACGCGGCAUUAUUGAUUCUCAAGCAGAUUUAUACCAACAGUCCUCCCCCCACGCUAACCCCAGCACCAUUAGGCAGCCAUAAAAGAAACCUUCCAGAUACCCUUGUUCAGGGUGACUUCGAUCACAUUUUCCCUGACCAGCAGGUAAAGCAAAUCCGAAUGGUUCGCGAUCGGGAAACCGCAGCCUUCCGUGGAUAUGCAUACGUCGAGUUCGAGACGGUUGAUGACUUGAAAAGCGCGCUUGCUGUUGAUGGAGCGCAAAUUGAAAAUGGCAAAAAGAUUCGUAUCGAUAUUGCUGAAAACAGAGAUAACCGACGAGGUGGAGGCGACCGUGGCGGUCGAGGUGGCCGUGGAGGAGGCAGAGGAGGUCACAGCGAUAGAGACGGUGGUUUCAGAGGAGACAACAGAGACCACGACAGAGGGUACCCGGGGCCAUCCGGACGAGGAGGACCAGGGAGCUUUGGAGGCGGACGAGAUGGAGGUUUCCGAGGUGAUCGUCCCCGAGACGACAGAUAUUCUGAUAGACGUGGACAAGACAGUGGCUUACCUCCAGCAAAUCCAUCAACUUCUGGCCGGCCAAGAUUAAAUUUGAUGCCAAAGGGUUCGACGAAGCCUGCGGAAAAAUCAUCAGAAGACAAGGCUAGAAGUUCCAUUUUCGGCGCGGCCAAGCCACGAGAAGAGGUGCUGAAAGAGAAAAAGAUGGAGGAUCCCACUGACAAAGUGGCCGAGCGCCUCGAAAACCAGAAGAUCUCCGAUUAG